GGUUAUUGCCUUUGUCUGGUUGAAUGUCAGUAAAAGCAAGGGAGUCGUGUUGAGCAGCCAAUUCCGAUGCCACUUUAGUCAGUUUUUAGUUCUCGAUCAAACACGCGAAAAAGGAGCUGCGCUUCAAUCUAGCAGAUAAUGUUGAGGGUAAUUUUUUCCUUGCUCUGUGCCACAUCAAUCGUCUUUGCUAUUCCUUAUCCAGCCACUAAAAGGGAAAAUAAUGAAGAAGUUGACAUAUGUGCCUUACCGCCAGUCAAUCCGGGCUCAAAAGCUUGUCGAGGCUUCUUUCGUCGCUGGACAUAUGACAUUAAAACGGAAACUUGCGCGAUUUACAUUUACGGAGGCUGUGGAGGCACAGAAAAUUUGUUCCACACUGAAUUUUCCUGUCUAGCAAAAUGCAACAAGCCAGGAUUGCAGAAAUUAAUUAGUAAAAGCGAUCUUACCGCUCCGUGUAUGCAGCCGAAAGCCGAAGGACUUUGUCGAGCGGUCAUUCCUAGUUUUUAUUUUGACGUUCAGACGGGAAAGUGCACAAUGUUUGAUUAUAGCGGUUGUCACGGAAACAGUAACAGGUUCGCAACAGAAGAGGAAUGCGAACAAGAGUGCUACGACUUUCCAAAUUUUUGGCAAAAUUCCGGAAUUGCGAACUCCUCAGUUGGUUUAGCCUUAUCUUCUUCUUCAGAUUCUCAAGCGAAUGCCGAGGACGAAGUCGAUGUUUGCUCACUGCGUGUCGUCAACCCAGGCCCGAAGCGAUGCAAAAUCAAUACUCAAAGGCGCUGGACAUACAGUGCCAAGACGAAAGCAUGUGAAAUAUUCGAAUACAUUCCUUGUACCAGCAAAGAUCCUCCAAAUUUGUUCUUCAAUGAAUAUGCCUGUCUGGCAAGUUGUAACCAACAGGGAUUACAGAAAUUAAUCAAUGAAAGCGAUCCUACUUCUCCGUGCAUGCAACCGAAAGCUGCCGGGAACUGCCGGGGUUCCUUUCACAGCUUCUAUUUCGAUAAAAAGACUGGAAUGUGCACUACAUUUACUUACACCGGUUGCGGUGGUAACGUAAACCAAUUCAGCUCGGAGGAGGAAUGUUACCUCAAGUGUAACAAUGUCUUGCAUGAAUCCGAUUCAAUAACGGUUGAUUCAGCUCCAUUCCUAGCACCAGAUGAAACGAAUGUUGAAAUCAUUGGUGCCUAGCGAUGAGAGAUAAGCUCCAUAAAAUAUCUACGCAUUGUAAAAAGAAUAAAACCGAGAAAGAAUCCAAUGGUUAACAAGAUGGAUUGAAAUAGGAUAGGCUUUGAGUUAAAUGCAGGUCAUUUCACUACAUUCGUAAUUCGUAUAUACCUUACGCAAAAAUUUGUUUUCUAUUUUGGGGGGAGGCGGACGUGAUGACUGGAGGCAAAAAUUGCUUUGGCGAAUACACGUUAUCCAUUUU